UCACAGAGAGUUGAAAAGGGCAAGGGCCUAGAGCUAUCUCCAACUUCAGCUCCAGAGUCUCUGGUUUCUGUUCAAGGACAAAUGGCACAGCAUACUUUCCAAGAUCAAGAACAAAGGACCUCCAUACAGCAGAAUAGAAAAUCCACUGAUGACACCAUGCAACCAAAGGAAAUACAGCUAACAAUAACUGAAGCCCUCUGGGACCAAGUACUAAUGGCUUUUAGGGAUAUACAAAAAGAGCUGCAGGAAGAUGCUCGGAUUCGAGGGAUGAGCAACUGCUCCAUGAUACCCAGGUCAUUUGCAUUUGGGACUGGCAUCAGGCCUCCAGAUUCUGGGAUGACCCUAAAUUUGGGAAGCACUGGAGAACAGCCAUCAAGGGCGCAGGCCCACAACCUAAGAAGACAGUUCUCUGAUCAAUCAGCUUGCUACCCUGGACCCUAACCUUACAAUCAAAAAAAGAAGGUCUCUCUUCUGCUUCUGCCAGGUUUCACCCACAUGGCCUUUCCCCUGAGGUCUCCCCUGCCCAUCCUUCUAUAGUCAAGAAACCACGCCUCAUGGGUCCUCACUCGAACAUGAGAGAGCAGUGCCAAACCA